AUGGAGUCUUUCGGAGCUCUCAAGCGUCGGACGACCGAGAUCCUGCAAUCCCUGCCCCAGAACCUCCCCGCCAUGCCCAACAUGCCCAGCGUGAAGAGGCCAUCUCUAUCGAGCGGCGCAGGCCCCAAGACUAUGAAGGCCACCUGGGAGCGAAUCGACGUGCCGGCCCUAGCCCGUUCGUCCCACACUGUCAACGUCGUCAACGGCACUGCCUACGUCUUCGGCGGCGAGAUCAUCCCCCGCGAGCCGGUCGAAAACGAUGUCCACGUCAUCAGGCUGCCGUAUAACAGUGCUGGCGCCGACUACUACAAGAUCAAGUCCGCUCCUACGAAACAAUAUACUCCGCCCGUCGAAAAAAAGACCGAUGAGACGGUGCAAGAGACGGCCGAAGCUCCGGACCUCGCGGAGAAGGCCGCGCAGAAGGAGCAGCUUCUCGACGAGGUUUCCCUUGCCUCUCCGGGCAUUGAGGGCGGAAAUGACUCUCCCGUUGGGGGCGGCCAAGAAGGCACAUCGUCGGGUAUUGCUUUGGACAAAGGAAAAGGCCCCGCUCUUCCCGAGGCUCCUUCCUUCGGGGACGUUCCAGCUCCCCGUGUUGGUCAUGCCACUGCUGUCAUCGGCAGUCGUAUCUUCCUCUUUGGAGGUCGCGGAGGGCCUGAUAUGCAACCUCUCGAAGAAAAGGGUCGCGUCUGGGUCUUUGACACUCGAACCAACACUUGGUCCUUCCUCGAUCCCGUGCCGCCCGCACCUGGAGUCACCAUUCUGCCAAUGCCAUCACCGCGCAGUUACCACUCAGCUGCCGCGACUGACCGCCCGCGCGACUUCGCUCCCAAGCACGCGCGUGGUAAGCAGACCUGGAGGGCAUGGGCACAAGGAGACAGCGCCGAGGUCGGCAUCCCUCAAGCCCCCAUCGUUGGCCACGCUGCCGCCAAUGCCACUGACGAAGAGGAUGACGGAUAUGGCACUUUCUUCGUGCACGCUGGCUGCCUCGCCGACGGUGAGCGCACCAGUGAUCUGUGGGCUUUCGAUGUCCGAUCCCGCGUGUGGAGCCAGCUGCCUUCGGCACCCGGUCCCGCGCGCGGUGGCGCCGCUAUUGCCAUCAGCAAGAGCCGCCUGUUCCGCUUCGGCGGGUUUGAUGGCAAGGGUGAGAUUGGUGGGCAACUUGACUUCAUCCACCUCGAGAUGGACACAUUCGACGACGGCGUUUCCAAGGGCGAAAUUGCUGUCCACGGCCGCGGCGGCUGGCAGAGCAUCAUCCAGGGCGCCAAUUCCGGCGAGCAAGAAAUCCACCUCAUUCCGGGUCAGGCAUGGCCCGGGAAUAGGAGCGUAGCGGGACUCGAGGCUAUCACUGUCGGUGGCGGUCGCGAGUACCUACUGCUCAUUAUGGGCGAGCGUGAACCCAGCUCGGAUGGCCACUCCGGCGCUGGCGCAAUGUGGGACGACGUGUGGGCGUUCCAGGUCCCGCCUCUCGGCAUGACAGCCGCCAGCGUGCGGGACGCCAUGUUGCAGGCCAUUGGCCGGCCGACGGGCGAGGGCAAGUGGACGAGACUUGUGACGGAGCCGUACGAUGACGACAAUGAUGAUGGCGAGCCGGAGCCGCGCGGGUGGUUCGCCACGGCACCAAUGGGAGAUGUGGAAGAGGCCGGCGUUGUUGUCUGGGGAGGACUGAGCUCCGAGAAUAAAAGACUGAAAGAUGGCUGGAUUCUGAGGCUCCCCGAGUGA